GCCCAUUUUCCUUGAUCACAUUAACGCGACAGAUUCAACAGGAUGCGGACGGCUGCGUCUUGCCGCCGCCUCUGGACGCUGCCGAUCGUGUACCUCAUGAUGUACGUUCUUGAAAGAGUCUCUGGGCGUAGCGACACGAAUGAGGACGACGUCAGCAGUACAGAGAUUCACCUUACGACGCCACGUGGCCGAGAAAGGGCAGUGCUCCUCGUCGGCCAAAUGAGCGGCCAGUUGAUUGCAUUUGACGCGUGGACAGGGGAGAUCAUCAACUCCAUUAACUCGGGUGGUGCGCUGGUAUCGAAUUGCCGCACUGACAUCAUGCAGGAUCUCCAUUCUGAUGGCAGUUUGUCGGCCUUGCUGCAGCCGUCGGCGCGGCAAAAGAACAACGUGGCAACAUCCAUCUCUUUGCAGACGCCAGAGAAAGCUUUCGACCAACACAAUUUUGCCCCUACGAUGGAUGGUCGUCUGUACCACUUGAGCGAACACGACGGAGAAUGGAAGGAAGUUUUCCUGUCCACAUCGCGCCUCCUCCAGUCCAAGAAACCUCUACGUGCCAAGGACAACCCAGAGCUGUCAAACGUGGUGUUUGUGGCCGAGAAACAACAGCGACUGUUCACGUUUGACGCAGACACUGGACAAAUGUACCCUUUCUUUUCUGCCGAUGCCACUGCCGCCGCGACUGCAUUCUCCAACACUGUUUCGACAGAGCAACCGUCGACCGUGUUGAUGGGCCGUGUGGACGUGACGACAAAAAUGGUCAACCUCCACGAUGUCCUGGAUUUCAAAUGCGUCACUGUGUCCGAGUAUUUUGUUCAGUUCGCUGCGACCGCCCAAUGUGACGUGGAGAAGACGCCAGAGUCUACCGGCACUCCUUGGAUUGAGAUGGAAAUGUCUGCUGAGUCGAACGUGGUGUCGUUGGCAGGUUACGACCCAGACUCUCGCCGCAUCUUGUGGAAGUGGAAUUCGCAUGUCGAUCUCACCAUGGUGUAUGGUGUGCUGCCAAAGCAAGGCAUCAAAUUCUUUCAAUGGGACGUCGCAUUGCCCGUCGGCGUCGACGAUGCCGAGUCGGCAACGCAGUCUCUCGACCGCGAUGACGAUGACGUUGUCGAUUCAAGCUGCCCCACACCGCCACCCUUGGCUCCAUCCAAGUCGUCAUCGGUCCAAGCCACCGCCUCAUCAGCCGUCGCCACCAUCCACCGCUCGCCUCGGCCCAACUUGCUGUAUCGACACAUUGACGGCCAACCGUAUCUGCUUCCAUCCCCAAAGGACUUGUCGCCCGCAGACAGCACGUUCCUCGACAACGGAACAACCAAGAACAACGCCAUGAGCGGCCAUUCCAUCGUCGUCAAGCGCCAUCAACAGCAACGACCCUGGAAUUUCAAAACCGUCGAAAUUGAUGGCGAAAAAGGCGUGGUGCUUACAUCCAAACAUGUCGUGAGCAUCGUAUUGGCCGUCGCCGUCGUGGUCAUGGUCGUGGCAUAUGUCUUCUACCGCAAAGGACUGAUUGCCAAACCCGAUUCGCCGUCUCCGCAGGACAGAGACGUCCCACCGCUUGUUUCAACUCCAUCCCCGUCGCCACCGUCAACCCCCGUCAUGUCCCCUCGAGCCGAGCCAGAAGCGAGCCCAGGCAACGCCUCAAGUCCGCGGAGCCCCAAGAGUCCAUUGCUUCGAAACAAAACUGGUCUCGAACAUCUCAUGCGCAUGGUGACACCUGCGAAAAUGCAUCGUUCCCUGUCGUUUGGUGGAUUUUCCCAUGCACCUCCACCCCAUCGCCCCAAUGUCCAUAAUCACAAUGGAGGGUCGACGCAUUCUCCGACUGAAUGGCUCAUGUCGCCCAAGCCACCCGUUCGUCUCUCGGACAUCAGUGCCGGUGACAUCUCGGGAGAUUCGGCCCAGAGUGGUCUCGAUGGAUUCCAACUUCCAAGUCCCGUUCCCACGAACGCACCAACGGCCCCGACUACCUCGUUGUCGUCGCUUCCGACCACGACGACGGAAGAGUUCAGCAAGAUUUUGCCGUACAUUUGCCGAGGACGGUUUGCCAAUGAGUUUGAGGAGCUCUCAACGUUGGGAAAAGGCGGGUUCGGCCAAGUCAUGCUGGCAGAGAAUCGCUUGGAUGGACGCAAGUACGCGGUCAAACGGGUUGGCUUGAGUCUUCGCAAUCAAACCAAGACAACGUUGGAAAAGUUCCUGCGAGAAGUCAAAAUCCUGGCGCGGCUCGACCAUACGUACAUUGUGCGGUACUAUCAGGCGUGGCUCGAAGAGCUUGGAGAAGAUGAAGUCGUGCCAGCCAUGAGCGACGCGGGUGGAUCGUAUGUGACCACCGCCAACUACACGCGCCGUGACGGAGCAGGGACUUCGUCGGAGUACUCUGCACGCAACAUGUUGCAGCGCCACUCGUUCGACGAAAAGAAAUUUGCCAACGAUGAUGAGGACAUGAGCACGGACUCGCUGUAUGCCCCACGUCGGUUCAGUGGUCAACGCGAUAAUGACGGCGAUGACGAAGACAGUGGUGGGUUUGUGUGGGAUCGCGAAGGUGGAGACAAUGCAUCGAUGGAGCAGUGGUCGGAGCAAGAUCUGUACAAAGACGACAGCACAGUGAGCGUUCGACGAAGCGCUACGCGAAACACAACCAUGCAACGCUACAGUCGUCGUCCGCGGGGAGAAAAAGCGACUACAGCAACGUCGGUGGUCCCAUUGAUCGACCACUGGCUGUACAUUCAAAUGCAGUACUGCUCGGAACAAUGCCUUGCUGACGUUCUCCUCGCCCCCGGUCGCCGCAACUACAGUCACAUGCUGGAAAUGUUUUUUCAAAUCGCGAGUGCCUUGGAACACGUGCACUCCCUUGGGUUGAUCCACCGGGAUUUGAAACCCCAAAACAUCUUUGUGAUGGACAGCGACACGAUCAAGCUCGGCGACUUUGGGCUAUCUCGGUACGCGGGCGGCGGCAACUCGUCGUCCGACGGAAUGGACCCGCCGACGGUGCCUCUGGCCAAGCAGGACUCAUCGACGUGGAGCAUGGACGACGAAAAGACCGUGGGCGUUGGGACCUACUUGUAUGCGAGCCCCGAACAAAUCUCGGGCGAGACGUACAACGCCAAAGCCGACAUGUAUUCGCUCGGGAUGAUUUUGUUUGAAAUGAUGCAUGAACCAUUUGGUACGACCAUGGAACGUGUCGUCACCCUGCGCAACCUCCGCGAAGGCAACCUUCCACCGUGCUGGCUGCAAGACCAUCCCCCCGUGGUCUCGAUGGUGACGUCGCUCGUGACGACGUGCCCAUCAGACCGACCUUCGGCAUUCGACGUGGUCACGUGGUGCCAGACUCAACUGCACUUGAAGAGUUCGGCCAAGAAUGGAUCAACCAGCAACAACAAUCACCACAAAACCCACGACGACAACGUCCACGUGUUGCAAGUGGAGGCAGUCGAGUGGGACAACAGCACAGUCUGUCACAACUUGCUCCUGGCGCUGUGCGAUGUCAUCCGAGCCAUGCCAUCCGUCGUGAUCGUUGCUUGUGGCCUCAAGCAGCACAUGAGCUACGGCCAAGUCCUCGAGUUUACGUUGCAUGUCGAUACGAACCAAGUGCUGGCUCAAGUCCAAGACGCCAUCGCCGCCGCAGAAGGCGUCAAGCACGUUGAGUUGUUGAGUUAGGACGUCCCGAGAUUAUCCAAGUAAUAUUUUAAUUUAGAACUGACCUUUGCAAUAGAUAUAUGGAUGAGGAGUGGUUGGACACAACAGACUACGACAAGCAUGAUACAUGCGCAAACGAGGACGAUGAGGAACCGUACGAGGACCCGAGGGCAGGUCGUCUCGGUGGAAGACCGUAGUUGCCGUACUUGUCGUCACUGCGAGGGUGGUGGUAGCGCGGCACGUCGUCAAACGAUGGCUUGAAGUGAUGAUGGCGAUCAGGUACUGAUGAUUGCCCUGAGGACCGUUGACGAGCACGAUGUAGUGCGCUCAGCAAAUGAGACCGUUCUUUUGCCAAGUACGCGAUCACAUCACCUUUGUUGGAUGCGCGAGCACGGAUGUCAGCAUGCACCCGGUGGACGAACGAGUAGUACGUUGCCCGAUCGCCCGAAUGGUCCUGCUUGAGGAAGUACGCAUACCUCGACACAGCCUGGUUUAGAUAACUCAUGUGGUUUGGAUCUCGCGCCGCAGACUCUUGCAUUCGACCGGAGAGGACGUCGAGGGCGUCCAGUUGGUCCAAGAGUUGAGCAAUCGCUUCGAUCCCCAUGCCAGCCAGAGCA